CGGAAUUGCAGUUUCUUAUCAGACAGUGAACCAAAUAUAAUUAUGACUAAUAUAUAGUGUAUAUAUUGCCCUCUUCGAUAUGGUGUCUGUACUGUUGUUUGUGAUCCUGUUAAACAUCUCCGUUUCCUUGCAGUCCUCCUAUGACGACAAUCUAUCAGAUAUUCUGUCCAGAUUGGAAAAACUCGAAAAACAAAACAGAGAGAAGGAUGCUGCGAUUUCCACUCUCCUGGAAAAGACCAAAUACUGCCCGACAAGCUACCUAGGAAGGGACAAUGAAACUAAUCAACGUAUCAAAAAAGCUUUCUCAAACCCAAUAUCCGCUGGGCUACUUCCUGCAUUUCACACCCGGCUGUCACGUGAUCUGACGAACGUUGGAACAGGUCAGCCAAUUGUGUUUGACUUGGAAACUCUUGAUACAACUAAUUCCUACGAGCCUAAUAGCGGAAUUUUUACGGUUCCUAUGAAUGGAAUUUACGUAUUCUACUGGAACCUUCUGACCAAUCAGGCGUCUGGAAUGGACACGACUCUAAUGUCAACACAUGGACCGCUAGGGUUUGGUUUCGUAAGCCAUGCAGAGAACUGGGAAAAUGGAGGAAAUCUAAUAGUAGCAAAACUCACCACCGGAACACAUGUUUGGGUUAAGAAAGCUGACAAAUACGGAGAUUUUUUGCACGAGAGAUUUUCUACCUUCUCAGGUUAUCUUAUUCAAGAAACGGAUUGAUGGCAUUUGGAGGAUAUUGAAUCAUAAAUUAAUAAAUCAUUUAUAUUGGC